UUUAGAUCAAGAAGUGUUUUAAAAAAGUUUGUUAAUGUCAUGGACAGGAGUCAUUGUCCACUUUAUAAAAACUCAUCUUCUACCCACCUCUCCUUCCAGUUUUUGCACCUUUCCUGCUUGGUUUUGAAGGAAGGCACUCAAAAAAGCAAAAAAGAGAGAAAUUUUGAAACUUGAUUAGUUUCUCUCCUCAAUUAUACAUAAAGAUUCAUCCCUCAACCCCACUCAUUUAUUUCUUUUGUGCACUAGUAACUAUCAGAAAACCAAUCUGAAAAUCAAGUUUAGUUUCUUCCCAAAUUUCUUGAGGUGAAGUACAUGUAAUUUACUUCAGGAUUCAUGGAAAAUUCUGAGGCUAUUGAGCAUGAUUUCAGCUGCAUCGAUCGAUCCAUGUCGUUUCAAAACGAGGACUCGGGGGACAUAUCUCCACAGAGAAGGAUUGGGAAGGGAAAGAUCGAGAUCAAGCGGAUCGAGAACACUACGAACCGACAAGUGACUUUCUGCAAGCGUCGUAAUGGGUUGCUCAAGAAGGCCUAUGAGUUGUCUGUUCUUUGUGACGCCGAGGUUGCUCUUAUCGUCUUUUCGAGCCGUGGCCGUCUUUAUGAGUAUGCUAACAACAGUGUUAGAGGAACAAUUGAUAGGUACAAAAAAUCAUGCUUAGAUCCACCUAGCACGGGUUCCGUUGCUGAAGCCAAUGCUCAGUUUUACCAACAAGAAGCUACCAAACUGCGUCAGCAAAUUGCAAACCUUCAGAAUCAAAACAGGCAAUUUUACAGGAACAUCAUGGGUGAAUCUUUGGCAGAUAUGCCGGGGAAGGAGCUUAAGAACCUUGAAAGUAAGUUAGAGAAAGCAAUUAACAGAAUUCGUGCGAAAAAGAAUGAACUAUUAUUUGCUGAAAUUGAGUACAUGCAGAAAAGGGAACUUGAGCUGCAUAACAGCAAUCAAUUCCUUAGAGCAAGGAUAGCUGAAAAUGAAAGAGCUCAGCAGCAGCACAUGAGCUUGAUGCCUGGAAGUUCUGGUUAUAAUGACCUUGGACCACACCAGUCCUUCGAUGGUCUAAACGAUCUUCAAACGAAUGAGUUGCAACUCAAUAACAACUACUCUUGCCAGGACCAAACCCCUCUCCAGUUGGUGUGAUAACGACAUGGAGUUCUCCAUUACUCGUUCAACCGGAGCUAUAAUAACUUGUUUAUGAUUAAUUGACAAAGACUAGACUUAUAUUCUUAUAUUAACUUGCUUGAUUUAGUACGGAUUUAGUUCAUGGCUAUCUAAGCCAGAGAGCUCUAAAUAUAUAUGUGUACUUUUAUGAUUAUGUAUGUGUUUUAAUAUUAUGAAGCAGCUUAUAUGUUA